UAUUUGCCUAAGGUCACGUUGAUUUUGAAAUGCAAAUGCAUGCUCAGAGUAGAAUUCCCUUACUCUGCCUGAAAAUGCAAGGUUAACUUGUGUCCUUGAGACAACCUAGCCACCUCUGUUCCAAUGUAAGCUUUAUAUUUUUUAAGGCAAUUGCAUUUUUUUUCUUUUUGUGCUGAUGCACAGAUGUGAAGGUGGGCAAUCAGGAGUUUCCCAAAAAGGGAAAAGGAAAGUCUUUCUACAAUACUAUCUUCCAAAAUAUAAUGGGAAAGGAUUUAUGAAGGUGUUGUGCAAUCUUAUAACCCAGGAAAGAAGAAACACGUGAUACUAUAUGACGAUGGAGAUGUGGAAGUUCUCCAGUUAGAUAAGGAGCAGUGGGAUGUUAUUAGUGAAGGUUCCGAGCCUAGCAAGGUAUUGAUCUGUCUAUUAUCGAGCAAUCUUUUCUUCUUUGGCUAAAUUGCAAACUUUUAGCAUGGAAUAUAAUGUGUUCAACCUUUUUCCAGCGACUUAAAUCAUCGAAUGUUUCCCCAUCCAAAGGAAUGUCAGCCAAGGAGGGAAAAAGUAGGACACAUGGUGCCUCAAGACGAAAUAAGAAUCCUUAUAAGAAAUUCAGGAGGAAAACGACUAUAAAGAAAAAUGUAAAGAAUAGCCAUAGUGGAAUGUCAGAAAGCAACAUUGGUGCCAAUGCCAGCAAUUACGCCAAAGGAAGAGCUACCGCUGACUUAUCAGAUUCUCACCCCGACACUUGUCCUGAAGUCAAUGAAGUUAAUUCAGAUGAUUUUGCAAACAAGCAUCUCCUUCAGCAGCCGCGAAGGAGGAGGAACAAGAGGCCCCAGCAGACCUAGAAGAAUCAGACAGAGAAGAGAAAAUGGAUUCUUCCGAUAGAGGAGCUGCAGGAGAUUCGGAUGAUGAACCCCUUAGUAUGUGGAAGGUACGAGGAGCAAAAGUAGCCUAGAGCUUGGAGACUGGCCUUCUCUUUGAAAACUCAAAUGUUGGAUUUGGCUUUGUUGCCAUUUGGUCUGUCGAUCUGAGUUGCUGAAGGAAGAUGGACGUUUUGGUACCUACAAUAGAUGCUGCUAAUAAACUAUAGUAACACAAAUGCCGCGAUAAGGGCCAUGUGUAUGUAAUUUCCACUGUUAUUGUAUGUAGCAUGCGUUUGUAGCCAUCUUAUGUAGAGUAGUUUAACCACUCAUCUUGGAUAGGUCAUAGCCAAAAAAUUACACAUCCAACAAUCCUAACCAUCUGAUUUGUUCCUUCAAAUGGACCGUUGAAAGGAAUCAUCUUGUGUGCGA